CUGUCCCUGACGCCAACAAACAGCUUUGAAAAGAAAAAAUAUUUCUUUUAUUCAUUGUCUGAAUCUCCAUCCAGAGAGGUGAGAGAAUGGUUUAGUACGAACUCCAACUGGGUAGUGUACUACACUUUACUAACUUCCCACUAAACACUCUCAGAUUUCAAAUCCAGCUCUAAUCUCACCAUAGUUUCCAUGUUUGAAUCCAAACUUUGUGAACACUCAACAGAGUACUGCCUUUUUCCGGGAGUUGCAAAUGGGUAGGAAUUAAUCGCCAUUUCAGUCUGAAACGCCUUUGUUUCAGGUAUUCAAACUUGGGUUUUGGGUCUUGUUUAUUUCCUUUCUGGAUUUGUUUGAUAACGGUAGGGGGAUUUUUUAACCUGUUCAUACUGUUUCAAUCAUGAUAUUGGCUUCCUAGGUUCUUGGUUUGUAGGUUGUGUCUGGUUUGGAUUUGGAUUUGUUGUUCUAGCAGUAUUUGAAGUCUCCAGUAAUUCGGGGUAGUUGGAUGGAUGGGUCAAAUUCUCCUUCAUGACAUUUCGAACUCAUAGGACGUGCUACAAUGGGAAAUUUUUGUUGCCAUAAUUCUGGAUUGACUAUUUCCUCAGAGUUCAGCUUGGUUUAGAUUUGAAGCUCUGCCUUGUAAUGGUGGGUUUCUGGUACCACUAGUUGAAUUGGGAAGCUGGGGUUUUAAGUGAGUUUUCAUUUUCAUGGCUUCUAUUAGAAGAACCUUGUCCCCAGUUCCUCGGCCUGGAACUUCAAUGAAUGGAGAAGCAUGCUCAGUAGGUUCUCCCCUGUCCAGGUCUUCCCUAUCUCCUCAAAACCACCCUCAAUCUACUGGACUGCACUAUUCCCUAUUUAAUACAUUGGAAACUCAAGCUGCUAUUCUUGGGAUCUACUCUCCAAGGUCUUCUAGACCAUUGGACAAAUCGAAACCAAAGGUUCAGAUUUGGAGGAGGUCGAUGUUCCAUUUCUUCAUGUGUUUUUUUGUUGGGUUUCUUGCUGGAUUGGUGCCAUUUGCAUCUACCAACUUAUCCAUGAAUGUCAUGUCAAAAUAUCAAGCUUUCCAGUUUGAUAGGUUAUCCACUGAUGAAAAAUCUCAGCCUCAGAAUAAUUUUAGCAGCACCAUCUUUAUUCCAUUGGAAAGCGAAGACAUGAAGAGUAGCCAAAUCCUACCAGAGGUGCCAAUGUAUAAUAACGUUUCUUAUGAUAAUUUGGAUAACCAUCUAAUUGCUCAAGAAUUAGAGCCUCGAAAGCUACUGAUAAUUGUGACCCCAACAUCUGCUCACCCACUACAAGCCUACUAUCUUAGCCGUUUGGCGCACACACUAAAGUUGGUCCGACCGCCUCUCCUAUGGAUCGUUGUGGAAAUGUACUCCCAAUCAGAUGAAACAGCUGAUGUAUUGAGGAGUACUGGGAUUAUGUUUAGACAUAUUGCUUGCACUAAAAACUUAACUGAUACGAGAGAUGGAAGAGUUCAUCAAAGAAAUCUAGCCCUGUCUCACAUUGAAACCCACCGUCUUGAUGGAAUCGUUUACUUUGCAGAUGAAAAUAACUUCUAUUUGGUUGAUCUAUUCGAGAAAAUGAGGGAGAUCAGACGGUUUGGAACUUGGCCGGUUGCAAAAUUAUUAGGGGGUACGAGUAGAUCCAUUCUAGAAGGCCCUGUUUGUAAUGGAAACCUUGUAAUUGGAUGGCACAUAUAUGAAUCAAGUAUGAGACUCCGCAGGUUUCAUGCUGAACUAUCAGGCUUUGCUUUCAAUAGCACCAUACUAUGGGAUCCAGAGAGGUGGCAGCGACGCACUUCAGAACCUGUGAGGCAGCUUGAUUCCAUCAAAGAUGGCCUCCAAGCAAGCGACUUCAUCGAACAAAUCGUGGAAGAUGAAAGCCAAAUGGAAGGAUUCCUAGAAGACUGCUCGAGAAUCAUGGUCUGGAACGUCAAUUUUAAACCGUCAAGUGCAGUUUAUCCUCACAAAUGGUUCGUGACGAAUUAUCUAGAUGCCACUGCUUCACUUACAUGAAAUAAUUCAAGAUCUAGAAGGAAGAAAAAACUUCAUUGUAUCGGCACCUUGAUCAGCGCAGAUGCUUCCACCAUGUUCCAGGAUUAAUUUUCAAAUUGUUUCUCCCGUGUCCGGAUUUCUUGGCAUCGUUGGUGAGAGAUAUGAACGGUGUGCUUCCUCCUAGCAUCUUUCAAAUAUAACGACUGAACAUUCACUUUUAUGUAGCUAAUGCAAGCUUUUACUAAGCUUUUACUUUGUCCAAAUGGCAAAGCUUAUGGAGGGAAGUCUUGUUGUAGUACAAUUCAAAUAUUGGUCUCCAUUUCUUAUAAAGGACAUUUGAUGAUUUGAUAUUUUGUACAGAAGGACCCAGCUGCAUUUUCCUCUCAUUGAUAGAGAUAGAUGCUGAGGCGCUUGAAGAGGACUGACUUUGAGUUUUUUUCCCUUUAUAUCAUUGCAAAAGUUAAAGCAAUUUUGAAUGGCUUUUUUCAGGCGUCAAACUGGAUUGUCUUUGGCUUGAUACUGUACACUAGCAGAUCAUUCAAUUUGAUUUGAUGGGUUCAUAUUGUUAUAA